GGCUGCCACUGCAACCCCGGCCCCAUUCAUUCCGCCGGCUACCAUGCGAGAUCAUGGCCGCCUUCGGGCUUCUGAGCUAUGAGCAGAGACCGCUGAAGCGCCCCCGGCUCGGGCCGCCCGACGUCUACCCGCAGGACCCCAAGCAGAAGGAGGAUGAACUCACAGCUGUGAAUGUAAAGCAAGGUUUCAACAACCAGCCUGCCUUCACAGGAGACGAGCACGGCUCAGCCCGAAACAUUGUCAUCAAUCCGUCUAAGAUUGGAGCCUAUUUUAGCAGCAUAUUAGCUGAGAAGCUAAAGCUUAACACUUUCCAGGACACAGGAAAGAAGAAACCCCAAGUUAAUGCUAAGGAUAAUUAUUGGUUGGUCACCCCUCGGUCUCAGAGUGCGAUUCACGGCUGGUUCUCCGACUUAGCAGGAAACAAGCCACUUGCUAUUUUGGCUAAAAAGGUUCCCAUCUUGAGUAAGAAGGAGGAUGUGUUUGCCUACCUAGCUAAGUACUCGGUGCCAAUGUUGCGAGCCACGUGGCUCAUCAAGAUGACCUGCGCCUACUACUCCGCUGUUUCUGAAGCGAAGCUCAAGAAGCGCCAGACCACCGAUCCCAACCUGGAAUGGACCCAGAUAUCGACCAGGUAUCUUCGGGAGCAGCUGGCCAAGAUCUCUGACUUCUACCACGUGGCCUCCAGCAUGGGUGACGCCCCCGUGUCAAUGCCGCUGGAGGUGGAGCAGGCCCUGCAGCAGUGGGAGUACAACGAGAAACUGGCCUUCCACAUGUUCCAGGAAGGAAUGCUGGAGAAGCACGAGUAUCUGACAUGGAUCCUGGAUGUCCUAGAGAAGAUCAGGCCGAUGGAUGAGGAUCUCCUCAAGCUCCUGCUUCCGCUGAUGCUACAGUACUCGGACGAGUUCGUGCAGUCAGCCUACCUGUCACGCCGGCUCGCCUACUUCUGCACACGGCGCCUGGCCCUGCUGCUCAGUGACAGUGCUGGCCUCCUGGCAGCACCCUCACCCCAUGUACUCAUCGGCCCCCCCAGUGCGAGCCUUGGCGCCCCCAGCCCUGGUGCCCCAGGGCCUGGGGUGAGCUCUGCACAGCUAGCCUUCUCUGACUUCCUGGCAUGCGCCCAGCAUGGGCCCCUCGUGUACGGCCUCAGCUGCAUGUUGCAGACGGUCACGCUCUGCUGCCCAAGUGCCUUGGUGUGGAAUUACUCCACAAAUGACAGUAAGAGUGCCAGCCCUGGCUCCCCCUUGGAUCUGCUUCAGGUGGCACCGUCCAGCCUGCCUAUGCCUGGCGGGAACUCGGCCUUCAACCAGCAGGUCCGGGCCAGGAUCUACGAGGUGGAGCAACAGAUCAAACAGAGAGGCCGGGCUGUGGAAGUCAGGUGGUCUUUUGACAAGUGUCAAGAGUCAACAGCAGGGGUGACCAUUAGUCGGGUUUUGCACACAUUGGAAGUCUUGGAUCGCCACUGUUUUGAUCGGACAGAUUCCAGCAACUCUUUGGAGACACUUUAUCAUAAGAUUUUCUGGGCCAACCAAAACAAAGAGAACCAGGAGGUCGCCCCCAAUGACGAAGCAGUGGUGACACUCCUGUGCGAGUGGGCAGUGAGCUGUAAGCGGUCGGGCAAGCACAGAGCCAUGGCUGUGGCGAAGCUGCUGGAGAAGCGGCAGGCGGAGAUCGAGGCCGAGAGAUGCGGUGAAUCCGAGGUCUUAGAUGAGAAGGAAUCCAUUUCUUCAGCCUCACUUGCUGGAUCUAGUUUGCCUGUUUUCCAGAAUGUUCUGCUAAGAUUUUUGGAUACUCAGGCCCCCUCAUUGUCGGACCCUGACAGUGAGUGCGAGAAGGUGGAGUUUGUGAACUUGGUGCUGCUCUUCUGUGAGUUCAUCCGCCACGAUGUCUUCUCGCACGAUGCCUACAUGUGUACCCUCAUUUCCCGGGGGGACUUGUCCAUCACUGCCUCUACGCGGCCCAGGUCACCAGCUGGGGACAAUGUGGAUGAGCAUUACCCAAAGGACCACGAGGUGAAAAUGGAGGAGCAGACCAUCAUGGCGCACAUGGGCAUAGACUCAGGAGCCGCACAUAUUUUUGACGAAGUGGACAAGGGCAACUUUAAAACGGACUUUGGCUCAGAAUUUCCAAUUUUUUCUCCCAUGGCCGGAGAGCCCUGUGAGAUGACCAACCCUGCCCUGGGCAGGAGGAUGUCAGUGAAUGGGGAGAAGCUGCUGAAGAGAGACAAACCGAGGGAGCUGAUUUUUCCAUCCAACUAUGACCUCCUGCGGCACUUGCAAUAUGCCACGCAUUUCCCCAUCCCUCUGGAUGAAUCUUCAAGUCACGAGUGCAACCAGCGCACAAUUCUUCUCUAUGGCGUGGGCAGAGAGCGCGAGGAGGCAAGGCACCAGUUGAAGAAGAUUACCAAAGAUAUUCUGAAAAUCCUGAACAAGAAGAGCACCACCGAGAUGGGGGUCGGAGAUGAAGGCCAGAAGUCCAGGAAGAACAAGCAGGAGGCCUUUCCCUCCUUGGAGUCGGUGUUCACAAAACUGCAGCUUCUCUCCUACUUUGAUCAGCAUCAGGUGACCGCGCAGAUAUCGAACAAUGUGUUGGAACAGAUCACAAGCUUUGCAUCUGGCACAUCCUAUCAUCUCCCCUUGGCCCACCAUAUCCAGCUCAUCUUUGAUCUCAUGGAGCCAGCGUUGAACAUCAAUGGACUGAUCGACUUCGCAAUCCAGCUGCUCAACGAAUUGAGUGUGGUCGAAGCAGAGCUGCUGCUGAAGUCCUCCAGUCUGGCUGGGAGCUACACCACAGGAUUGUGUGUGUGCAUCGUGGCUGUCCUCAGGCGCUACCACAGCUGUCUCAUCCUGAAUCCUGAGCAGACGGCCCAGGUGUUCGAAGGGCUGUGUGGUGUGGUGAAGCAUGUUGUGAACCCCUCAGAAUGUUCUUCCCCUGAAAGAUGCAUCUUAGCCUACCUCUAUGAUCUCUACGUGUCCUGUAGCCACCUCAGAAGUAAAUUUGGAGACCUCUUCAGUAGUGCCUGUUCAAAAGUCAAACAAACCAUAUAUAACAAUGUAAUGCCUGCAAAUUCUAACUUGAGAUGGGAUCCAGACUUCAUGAUGGAUUUUAUCGAGAAUCCCUCUGCCCGAAGCAUCAACUACUCAAUGCUGGGCAAGAUCCUUAGUGACAAUGCAGCCAACCGCUAUAGCUUCGUCUGCAAUACGCUCAUGAAUGUAUGUAUGGGCCAUCAGGAUGCUGGAAGGAUCAAUGACAUAGCGAAUUUCUCAUCCGAGCUCACAGCCUGCUGCACUGUGCUUAGUUCCGAGUGGCUUGGUGUGCUCAAGGCCCUCUGCUGCUCCUCCAAUCAUGUGUGGGGGUUUAACGAUGUACUUUGCACUGUGGAUGUGAGUGACCUUUCAUUCCAUGAUUCAUUAGCUACUUUCAUUGCUAUUCUGAUAGCACGACAGUGUCUCUCCCUGGAGGACGUCGUGCAGCAUGUGGCACUGCCCUCCCUCCUCGCAGCAGCUUGCGGAGAUGCUGAUGCCGAGCCUGGGGCGAGAAUGACUUGCCGGCUCCUGCUCCAUCUCUUCCGUGCCCCCCAGGCCUGCUUAUUGCCUCAAGCCACAGGCAAACCGUUCCCAGGGAUCAGAUCAUCCUGUGACAGACACCUCCUGGCUGCAGCUCACAACAGCAUUGAAGUAGGAGCCGUGUUUGCUGUCUUAAAGGCAAUUUUGAUGCUAGGAGAUGCCAAAAUCGGCGCUAACAGUGUCACUUUAAAGAGCGAAGACUUUGCCAUGCGGGGCUUGCGGCGGGAGGGGAAUGCCGAGGAGCUAUGGACAGCCUCACAGAAUUCCAAAGCCUGUGGGAAGAGCAUCUCCGUAGAAACGGCCAAUUUGAGAGAAUAUGCCAGAUACGUGCUGAGGACAAUCUGUCAGCAGGAGUGGGUGGGAGAGCACUGCCUCCGAGAACCCGAGCGCCUGUGCACGGACAAAGAGCUCAUCCUUGACCCUGUGCUCUCCAAUAUGCAAGCCCAGAAGCUGUUGCAGCUCAUCUGCUAUCCGCACGGCAUCAAGGAGUGUGUGGAGGGGGACAACGUGCAGAGGCAACACAUCAAGCGCAUUCUGCAGAACCUGGAGCAGUGGACGCUGAGACAAUCCUGGCUGGAGCUCCAGCUCAUGAUCAAGCAGUGUCUGAAGGACCCUGGCUCUGGCUCCAUGGCUGAAAUGAACAACCUCUUGGACAAUAUUGCCAAGGCAACAAUUGAGGUGUUCCAACAGUCAGCUGACCUGAACUCAUCUGGGUCAGGCCUGGGUCUCUUUAACCCCAGUGGCCUGAGUGUCACCGACACGAGCAACUCAAGACAGAAUGGAAUCAAGACCUUCCUCAGUUCCUCUGAACGCAGGGGCGUAUGGCUGGUGGCCCCCCUCAUCGCUCGGCUGCCCACAUCUGUGCAAGGCAGAGUGCUGAAGGCUGCAGGGGAAGAGUUGGAGAAGGGGCAGCACUUGGGCUCUUCUUCCAAAAAGGAGAGAGACAGACAGAAGCAGAAGAGCAUGUCUCUGUUGAGUCAGCAACCUUUCCUCUCCCUGGUCCUGACCUGCCUCAAGGGGCAAGAUGAACAACGGGAGGGUCUCCUGACAUCUCUUCAGAAUCAAGUCAAUCAGAUUCUAAGUAACUGGAGAGAAGAGCGCUACCAAGAUGACAUUAAAGCAAGGCAGAUGAUGCACGAAGCACUGCAGCUCCGCCUGAAUUUGGUGGGCGGGAUGUUCGACACUGUGCAGAGGAGCAGCCAAUGGACCACAGACUGGGCCCUUCUGCUACUACAGAUCAUCACUUCUGGCACUGUUGACAUGCACACCACCAAUGAACUAUUCACCACAGUCCUGGACAUGCUGGGCGUGCUCAUCAAUGGGACCCUCGCCUCGGACCUCUCCAGCACCUCUCCGGGCGGGUCUGAGGAGAACAAGCGUGCUUACAUGAAUCUAGUGAAAAAGUUAAAAAAAGAGCUGGGAGAUAAGCGCUCGGAGAGCAUCGACAAAGUCCGGCAGCUGCUCCCGCUGCCCAAGCAGACAUGUGACAUCAUCACGUGUGAGCCCAUGGGGUCUCUGAUUGACACCAAGGGGAACAAAAUUGCUGGCUUUGACUCCAUAGAUAAGAAACAGGGCCUGCAGGUGUCCACAAGGCAGAAGGUCUCCCCUUGGGAUCUGUUUGAGGGCCAAAAGAACCCAGCGCUGUCCUGGGCCUGGUUUGGGACUGUCCGCGUGGACCGCAAGGUGGUCAAGUAUGAGGAGCAGCAUCAGCUUCUACUCUACCACACGCACCCCAUGCCCAGGCCCCGCAGCUACUACCUCGAGCCACUGCCACUGCCUCCCGAGGAGGAAGAAGAGGAGGAGGAGCCUUCCUCCCCCGUGUCUCAGGAACCCGAGCGCAAGUCUGCUGAGCUAUCAGAUCAGGGCAAGGCCACCACCGAUGAGGAGAAGAAAACCAGGGGCCGGAAGCGCAAGGCCAAGUCGGGCUCCAGAGCAGAUGAGCACCCUCAGAGCAGCCUGUAUAGAGUGCCUCCCAACUACUCGCCCAUCUCCUCACAGAUGGUGCCCCAUCCACAGUCCACCUUGUGGGGCUACAACCUCAUGGGGCAGCCACCGCAGCCUGGCUUCUUCCUGCAGAGCCCCUCUCUGACUCCAGGUGGCUCCAGGCUGGACCCCACAGGCCCCUUUGUGCCUACGAACACCAAACAGGCCCUGUCCAACAUGUUGCAGCGACGCUCCGGAGCCGUGCUGCAGCCACCCACCCUGCACGCCCUCAGCUCACAGCAGCAACUGCUGCAGAUGAAGCUCCUGCAGCAGCAGCAGCGGCUUCUCCGGCAGGCACAGGCACGGCCCUUCCAGCAGGCGCAGCCAGGGGAUCAGGCUGCUCUCUUUGCUGCACAGGCCCGGCCGUCCCCUCAGCCCCCUCAGUACCCAGGACUGCAGCACGCACAGACAGUGCCCCAGGGCUACACCAUGUACGGGACACAGAUGCCUUUGCAGCCAAGUCCUCAGUUGCCAGCUGGAAGUAUGGUCCUGUCUCCCGGCUAUAACUGCAGAUCCUACCCAGCCACUCACUCCAGCCCAGCACUUCUGGAGCGAUUCCGCCAGAUGCGGCAACAGCCAAGCAACUACCCAACACAGCAGGCCUCACCCUACCUACAGCCCCUGCCCAACUCUCAGAGACUGAACCAUCAGUCCCUGCAAAGCCCAAUGGUGGGUGCUGGAAUGGAGGCCAUGCUGCCCACAGCUCACCCCAGUCUCCCCCCUGGGUCCCUACCUCAGGACCCCAUGCGGUCUCGACAGCCACAGGUUCGACAGCAGCCGAGGGUCCUCCAGAUGCAGCAGCCUCAACCAUCAGCACAGCCCCAAAACAGUGCCCUUGGGCUACAGACCAUGCCUGCCCAGCAGCCUUUGUUCCCCCGCCAAGGCCUGCAGCAGACGCAGCAGCAGCAGCAGACGGCAGCCCUGGUGCGGCAGCUGCAGAAGCAGCUCUCAAGCAACCAACAAGGAGUGACCCCAUACGGACAUCCAUCACACUUCUGAACCACGAGACACAAGGACAAGAUACGGCAUGUGUGUUUGCACUGAAAAUGAGAGAAAAAAAAAAAGCAAAGUACAGGCAUCUACCAUCUUGCAAACAAGCCCCGUGUUCUUUCUGUUGGCGUUUUCCCAUC